GCAAACGGCGCGCGCCCGCCAGUCAUCGAGCGGCGGUCUUCUAAGAUGCCACUGUAAAGCUCUGAGAGAGAUUUUUGAAUUCAUGUGACAUGCGCUCUUAUAUUUAUCAUAAAUUUUGAAUAAAAACAAGCGAUCUUUUUGGAUUUCAGUGAAUAAAUUAAGUGAAAGUGUUGUGCGUUUGUUAUUCAUCUUAUUCUUGCAAGUUAUUUAUUCCGAUUUCGAUUUACGCUUGUGCUGUGUUUAUGUUGGGAGCGCGGCGCCCGUUCCGUCCGGCGUGUUGGAGGGACGUCGCCCUCGAGGACUUCUUAUAGAGAUGAGGCGGAGGGAGGUACGUGAGGGUGCGCAGGCGAGGUGAGACGACGAACCGGAGCAUGGAUCACGCAGUAAAGGCGAUGUCGGCGCGCGGGCCGCUGGCGCGGUUGCUCGCGCGCCGCCGCUUCGAAUCCGCUGAACUAGAGGAGCUGUAUGCUCGCUACGCGUGCAAGCUACAGCGCUCCUCAGUGGGUUACGCACUUGCACUCUGGGCCGUGCUCGCUGCUGCGCUCGCAGGUGUCGAUGCCACGAGAGGUUGGCGAAGAGCGCCACAGGUGGGCGUGUUAAGCGCGCACGCCGUGCUAUGUGGCGGGCUCGCAUGGUGGUGCGGGCGAGCCAGCAGUGUGGCACCGGAAAGGCGCUUACCGCGCGCUUGCUGGCUAGCUCUCGCGGGUGGCGGCACGGCUUUAGCCGCUACGUUGCCCGCUUGGAACCCUGGAGCGGCGGCGGAAGGCGCGGCCCACGUAGUCUGGGCUGUUUUCGCUGCCUACGCGCUAUUACCAGUAGGCGCGCCAGUUGCAGCCGCUUUCGGUCUGCUUCUACCCACCGCACAUACUAUUGCUGCCGCAUUGGUGGCCCAUCGCUUUCCAUACCAUGUAUGGCAACAGAUGUUGGGCAACGUGGUUGUGUUCCUGUGCGUAAACGUGGUGGGUGCGCUGAUGCAUUCCCUCAUGGAGACGGCUCAGCGGCGCGCCUUCCUCGACACGCGCAAUUGCAUCGCAGCCAGACUCGACAUGGAGGAUGAAAACGAAAAAUUGGAACGCUUACUGCUAUCCGUGCUGCCUCAACACGUCGCUAUGGAAAUGAAGAAUGACAUAAUAUCGCCUGUCGAAGGACAAUUCCAUAAGAUAUACAUUCAGAAGCAUGAACAAGUUAGCAUCCUCUUUGCGGAUAUCGUGGGGUUCACGGUGCUAGCAUCGCAGUGUAGUGCGCAGGAGUUGGUGCGUCUUCUCAAUGAACUCUUCGGCCGAUUCGAUCAACUCGCCAAUGAUAACCACUGUCUUCGCAUUAAAAUCCUCGGCGAUUGCUACUACUGCGUGUCCGGCUUACCCGAGCCGCGCUCCGACCACGCGCGCUGCACCGUUGAGAUGGGGCUCGACAUGAUUGAUGCGAUUGCGUCAGUGGUUGAAGCGACCGAUGUACAAUUGAACAUGCGAGUAGGUAUUCACACUGGACGCGUGCUUUGCGGAGUACUGGGUCUUCGUAAAUGGCAAUACGAUGUCUGGUCCAAUGACGUAACACUUGCCAACAACAUGGAAGCUGGGGGCGAACCGGGACGAGUGCAUAUAACACAGGCUACAUUGGAAUGUCUCGGAGGAGCGUACGAGGUAGAGCCAGGACAUGGUGCUAGUCGCAACGCCUACUUGCGCGAUCAUUCAAUCCAAACGUACUUUAUUAUACCACCACCUAGAAGAAGAAAAAUGUGUCUAACAGCAGGGGUAGGACUGGGAUCUGGGUCACGUCGAAAGCUAUCAUUCAAAAAUGUAUCAAAUGUUGUGGUUCAACUUCUGCACUCCAUAAAAUUCAACGUGGACGUACCAUUUUCCAACAUGGCGGCUUCACCUCAAGAACUAAAAGCUAACGCUGCCAGAAAGGUGCUGGACCUGCGGCGCGCGCUGCACGCGGAGCCGGGCUCGGCCGAGGCGCUGCGGCUGGCGGCGCUGCGCGGCGAGCACGUGAGCGCGCCCGCCUCCGGCCCCGCGGCCGCCGCCCCCGCACCCGCCUCCGCCCCGCACCACCACACCUUCGACGCCGUCAUGCAGCACCACGCCCUCCGCACACACGCAACGAAUAAAGUGACGGAGAAGUUUAAGCGGCCGCUGAAAAAGCGUCAUUCAUCUGUGUACCAUCAGCCCACCAACCGCGUGAACAAGUACCUAGCGCAGGCGAUAGACGCGCGCUCCGUGCAUCGGGAGAAGGCUACUCACGUACAUCUCCUCACGCUCUGCUUUAAAGACGUCGAUAAGGAAGCACAGUACCGAUCGUCAACAGACGGCGGAUGGGCGGGGUCUCUCAGUGCCGCAUUAGGUGCUUUAGCGGCUGCAGGAGCACUUCAAGCUGCUAUUUUACCGCGCACGACGAUACUUUUACUACUUUUCGUGACUGCCUUUGCGUGGUCUGCCGCCGUGCUUGCUUUGACACUCGCAGCGCGUCUGAGGCUUAUUCCGUGCGAUGUGUCAAGACCAUUUGCGCUCAGAAAUGCAAUUACCACAUUCACCAUUGUUCUUGGUUAUGCAGUGGGUCAAGUUAAUGUUAUAACAUGCCGUGAAGUCAACGUAUGCAGAAAUCUAACCGAGAACAUAACGAUGGACGACAUUCGCUCAACUUCCGACCAAGUCUCGGCCGCGCUGUGGAGUAGUUCCGACCACCGAGCGUGUCCUAUCCCUUUGUACAUAACGCUCGGGUGCUGUGUCAGCAUGCUCGCCGUGGCCGUCUUCCUGCGACUACCUAUAUUGGUGAAGGGAAUCUUGUUGGCUGUGAUGACUGCUGGAUACGUAACUGUGAUAUUGGCUUACCAUAAACAUUUAUUCGACUGCUACGAUCUCAUGACGGAAUCUGGAUCGGUUGGUUCUGCGUACGUGGCGUGUGCGUGGACACUGGCGUUAGCGUUGGCGGUGCUCCUGCACGCUCGGCAGACUGAAUGGACGGCUAGGCUCGACUUUCUUUGGCAGGUGCAGGCGCGAGAUGAAAAAAGAGACAUGGACGCCUUACAGGCGUCAAACAGGAGAAUACUGUUCAAUUUAUUGCCAGCACACGUUGCCACACAUUUCUUAGACAAUCAGUUCAGAACUAAUAUGGACCUAUACCACCAAUCAUACCAGCGCGUAGGCGUAGUAUUCGCGUCCAUCACCAACUACCACGAGUUCUACAUGGAGCUGGAUGGGAACAACCAGGGCAUGGAGUGUUUGCGGCUGCUGAACGAAAUUAUUGCUGAUUUCGAUGAGUUGUUAGGCGAAGAUCGGUUCGAUGCUAUAGACAAAAUUAAGACUGUAGGUUCUACGUAUAUGGCAGCCGUUGGUCUCAUUCCCGAUAAGAAGAUGUCUGACGACGCAAGCACACGGAAACAUAUGGCAACUCUAGUAGAAUUCGUAUUUGCAAUGAGAGAUAAACUCAAAGACAUCAAUGAUAACUCAUAUAACAAUUUUAUGCUGCGUGUUGGUAUCAAUGUCGGACCUGUUGUCGCCGGUGUGAUAGGUGCCAGAAAACCUCAAUACGAUAUAUGGGGCAAUACCGUUAAUGUGGCGUCUCGAAUGGAUUCCACGGGCUUACCGAACCACACUCAAGUCACCGAAGAAGUGUUCCAGGUUUUAAAAGACAUGGCCUAUCAGUUUGUGUGCAGAGGUAAAGUCAAAGUAAAAGGAAAAGGUGAAAUGACCACCUACUUUUUAACGGAUAGGGCACCGUCUAACGGCAACACGCAGAACUCUUCAAACGGUCAACCGCAAAAUCCGCCAUCGGCUUAUGGCGGUGUCGCUACUCCACUUGCAAUGUUGCAAAAUUCAGCAAGAAGAGCUGCAGCGCAACCUUCGAGACUACCACCUGUUAGAGAAUCUUCAGUGGCUGGGGAAAAUGAGCCUCUCCUUCCCUCCAAUGGUCAUCAAAAUAACGGAAAUAAUCACAAAGGCAGCAAAGGGCGACGAAAUAAGGAGUCCGAAGAUACACCCCCUCCUCCACCACCGCACGGGAUCAAUGGCAAUCCUCGUUGGCCUCCUCCUCGAGCGCUAGUGCCACCCUGGCCACGACCGCAGGAGCCCCGCCCUCCCACUGUUCAUAAAAGAAGACCUCCGACCAGACUGCCUAGACCUCGAUCUAGUGAGAGUUUACCUCUAGCGAGAAGUCCGCGGGUCCAUUCUUCGGCAGAUGAACUGAGCUCAAUUACGCGCUCUCCGAGUUUGAGCUCCUCGGACGAGAGCUACUCUCGGACCACUGACGCUUCCCCCUCACCCCCUAGACCGACGCCAUGGCUGCCUCCCCCAAGACCUCAGCGUACUGAUCCUAACACCGCAUACGACUACCCGCCUAUUCGACUAAAUAAACCGACACCUAAUAUAAUUAAUGAAAUUUACGCAAAACACAAAAUGAACAAGAAGCCCUCCCUCGACGGAAAAAUCAUUGAAGGUAGUUUAAAUUUUCAAAAAGAGGGGGAGAAGAUACAGAGGAGCAUAAUUAAUAUGCUCCAGACCUCUGUGAAAAGAGACGGUUGCAGUCAAACGGACAAAAAGGACGUACCGCAUCGCCUUACACAGAGAACGAGUUCUUUUUCUAGCUCGGGUAGCCGCCCGAACAAUUUAAAACAUUUAAAUCAUGACACAAGAGAAGUAUUCACUAAGCGGAGCCCUUCGGACGUCGCGUGUGUACCGCCUUUCGAGAGAGAAAUACAAAGGCUGCUUGAUGAUAAAAAUUUAAUUAAAAUCAAUUCGCCAAAGGUCGAGAGAAAGGACUUAAAAUUAGAAUUAAGGGCGACGAACUCGUCAGUGGAGGCUGUUCGCAACUGCAACAACAACAACAGCAGCCCGCUGCACGCCGUGGGGCUGGCCGCCAUCACGCAGCUGGCGCGCCACGAGCCCGCCAGCCCCGGCCGCGCCCGCCCCGCGCCCUCCCCCCUCAAGCCGCCCGGGGACUUCCCCGGCGUGCUGCCCACCGACGUCGUCGUGGAGCUGCCGUCGCCCGCGCACUCCGCCGAGCGUAUCUCCGCGCCGAAUUCUAGAAAAAUGGAAGCUGUAUCAAAAGAAAAACCAGGGAAUGACGUACAGGACAGACUACGCAACCGGGUGACCACUUCUAGCCACAGAGAAAUGGGCAUCUACGGCGAGAGUCAGUCCGAAUGGAGCUCGUCGUGCUCGGAGGGCGAGGGCGACGCGGACGGCUGCCAGCCCGAGAGCACGGGCUACACGACGGACGACCCGGCGCUGGAGAACGUGUCCAUGCUGAACGAGGGCGGGCUGACGGACGCGGAGGCGGCGCUCAGCGACGUCAACUCGUGCUACUUCGACCGCGACGACGACGUGUCCUCGCGCGCCUCGUCCCGCCUGCUGGACUCCGAGGCGCUCGUGUCGCUGGAGUCGCUCAGCGCCAUCUACGACUCCGACGAGCCCGCGCACCGCUACCUGGCGAACAUCCGCACCGUCAGCGAGUCCAUCACCCGGAACUUCGGCCAGCCCGCGCACGUCACGGACGGCGAGAGCGACGUGUAGCGACCGCUCCUCUAUUGUUUCGGCGAUGAGUCUGUAUUUGCUCUCUAAAAGUAAAAAUGAAUACUCAGAAUAUAUUAUUUUGUAUUAAAUAUUUACGAUUUUAAAUAGUCGAAUCGAAUUAUCUCUUCGUUUGUACGUCUUUCUUUUAAACGAUCGUUGCUAUUCGAACUGCUGACGUGCCUCGUUGUUGUUUAAACGAAACUUAUUUGUACUUUAUAUUAUGUAAAUUGUCAAUAUGUACCUAUUAAUAUCACUGUAAAAUAUUCAUUGUAAAUUUGCGAGUGUCAUGUGAUGGCGGCUCGAUUCAUCUAGAAAUAUGCGGUGAUCUCUACAAUUAUAAGGUGCUCUGACUUAGAAUUAUUUGUUAUUUGUCUUGUGAUUAAGAAGUAGGUAUUUCAAUAUGAGCGACCAAUAUCUGUAAACAUCGGUGUUUAGUGUGAAGGGCUGGUCCCUGUACUGUAAAAUCUAUAGAAAUCAACAUAAACAAAAGUUCGCGUAUUCGACGAAAAUUUAGUGUGGUUUGAUAAUAAUGUAUUAUUUUGCAUUUGAACAUUACACGUCUAGUAAUAAUGUUACCACAUUUAAUUAUUCUACAUUCUUACAUACUUUUAUUUCUUAUAUUUCAUAUUAUAUAAAAAAAUCAAAUCUUAAAACUCCGCUAUAAUUUUCUCACUUGAUUCUAGUCACUUCUCACAUAUUUCUGUUAUAUGCAUGUUUUUUAUGACAAAUAUAUAAAUUUGAUAUAUCUAUAUACUUAAUAUUAGUAAUUAUUUCAAAACAAAAUUUUUAGAUGUUAAUAAUGUACAAGCGCGACUAGAUCUUUAUGAUAUGCCUUACCUUAUUAAUGUUUGCCUUUUAAUACUCCAUCGUAGUUUAUAAAGAUGUGAUCAAUUGUAAGUGUUCAAAUAUACUAAAAAAAUCUUUAAAAACAUAUUUUUUCCAACACAUUUUUUGCAUUAUAGCCUUCAGUCACGUAGUUAUAACAAUAAAACCCAAAGUACAACUGAUACAUAAACCAGUACCGAAUAUUUGUUGUAGAAUAUUCUUCAUUAUUAUAUUUAAAAUAUUUUGUUAUUUAAUGUAAAAAAGUUUUGUGUCAAUUUCGUGUAAUUCAUAUGUGUUAGUAUAAGAUUUAAUGCAGAGAACAACUCAUUCAAGACUAAUGUAGACGUGAUUUUGUAUUCUGUUUGACCAUUUCUGAAGCUUAUUGUAAUUAACAAAGGAAGUACUUAAAUAAAUGCGAUAAUGUCGAAUGAUUCUUAGUUUGCAGGCAUUAGAAAGCAAUUAUUAUUUUCUGCCGUCGCUUGUAUUAAGCGUUUUGUUUUUGAAUGAUCUUGAUUUUUAUAAAAGUGUUACCGUAUUAUUGGAUCAAAUGCAACAAUUAUUAUCAUUAAAAAGCGGUUUUUAUUCUAUCUUUAAAAUGUGUUAUUUAUUGGACUCAUACGUUUCAUAUAAAAAAAAUGACGUGUACAGUUUCUACAUGAGCGGGAAAAUAACUCCAAUGGGAUCUAGUGAAUUGUUGGUAAUCUUUGUAAAUAUUGUUAAUCAUCUGUCUAGUGCUGUAAUCUUAAGUAGUGUAUUGUUCUGUGGAGAUAUAUUUUAUUUUUGGAAGAGAUCUCUUAUUUGCAAUGGGUCUUCUCAGUAUGUCAAUUUAAAGAGUCUCUCGUUAACGUGUUUAGGUAUAGUGCCAAAUAUUUUGCGUAUAUGCUUAUAAUAUAUUGUAUUUAUUUCAGUGCUAAUAAGUUUUGUCCUAAUUCGAUCAUAUUAUAAUUAUUUUAACAAAGUUCGUUAGGGAAACUCACUAAGUAAUUCAAAUUUUUGAAGUAAAUAAAAAUAACAAUAUUUGUAGAAAUUUUUAUAUCCGAUAUCCCUUAAAAUGUGGUUAUUUAAAGAGAAAAAAAAAGGAUGAAGACGUAUAAAGUAAUUAUUUUAGCAUAUUUAAAACUGAUUAAGCUGUUUGUGACAAAAAAAAUGCGGGAAUUAGGAAAAUUCUCUUUCUACGUUUUGGUGUACAAACUAUAAAUGAGAUUACGAAUUAUUUUAGUUUGAAAUAAUACGUUUCAUACAAAAUAUCCCCGAAUUAGCUUUCAUACUAAAUAAUAGCCAAAAUAUCUUGUGUAUCAAUAUUUUUUGUAGAUAUUAUAAUCUUAAAUUGCUGCAUAUUCUAGUAUAUUAUGUAUUUUAUUUAUUUAAUUCAAUUAAGCAAUAUUGAUUACAUUUAAUUAAAGCGGUUUACAUUACCUGGAA